GGCGGUAAGAACAGGAGAAGGGGAAAGAACGAUGAAGACUUGAACAAGCGAGAGUUGAUAUUCAAGGAGGAUGGACAGGAGUACGCGCAGGUCGUCAAGAUGCUGGGGAAUGGGCGGUUAGAGGCCAAGUGCCAAGAUGGGGAGACACGGCUGGGUCAGAUCAGAGGGCAGAUGCGGAAGAAGAUCUGGAUAGUAGGCGGCGACAUCAUUCUCCUCUCUCUACGUGAAUUCCAAGACGGUAUCGCGGACGUCAUCCACAAAUAUACCGCAGACGAGGCACGGAAUCUCAAGACGUAUGGAGAGUUGAAGGCCGACUUCCAGGUGAAUGACGCGGAUGCGGGAGAAGGCUCGUCCGAUGAGGAAGGCGGGAUCGAAUUCGAAGAAGCAGAGAUUGACGAUAUCUGUGAGUUGCAAGCCGUCCAGACGUUGGAGGAAAGAAAGCUGACAGUAGUACAGAAUGCUAUUCGAAGUCGAGACUGUCCGGGGACUUUCGCAUUGCAUAUGUACAAUGUAAUAUGCAGAGCGUAUACGAUCCUCCAGCAUGAGUUUCGACUGUGCGGGUCGGCUAAUCUAGUACUCUGA